GAAUCCGGGCUUCGCUGUGUGUUGACCUGGUUGCCAGCCCACCCACUGAAGACAACACGGGCCUGCUCCUGUCGCUUGGCGGUGAGUGGGCGUGGAAAACUUGAGGGUAUUUCCCUUACGACCUGGCUCGCAUCCCCCCACUGCAUGAUGGGACUUGUUGGUUCACGAUGGCUUCGAUCUAGUUGAGCGGCCAGGAACUGUCGUGGUACAUGCUCCGACUGCUCACAGACGCGGGUCACGUGAUCACCGGCUCACCCACCGAGCAGCUCCGACUGGCAGAGGACGUCAAGGAGCGACUGUGCCGUGUGGCGCCGGAACCCUUACAGGAAAAAGACUCGAACUCAGACCAGCCAGGUUGUAGCAGCACCGAGGAGACGGAGGAGUAUCCUCUGCCCGACGGCUCAAUCUUCUCUGUGGGCCGGGAGAGGUUCCUGUGUCCCGAGAGCAUCUUCCAGCCGCCCCUGCGCGGGGAAGAGAUGCCGGGGCUGCACGAGAUUGUCCACAGCGCCAUCCGGAGAUGUGACCCUGACCUUCAACCUGUCAUGUCCGCCAACGUCCUGCUGUGCGGCGCCGCCUCCCUCUUCCCUGGUCUGGGCGACAGGUUCCAGGCCGAGAUGGACAAACUGGCGGAGGUCAAGGCCGGGGACUACAAGGUCAAGGUCACGCAUAUACAGGAUCCUCACACUGCGUUCCGGGGCGGCUCACGUCUGGCUGCCAGUGAGGAGUUUGUUCAUCGUUACCUGACCCGAGAGUUUUACGAGGAGUAUGGGCCCAGCGCUGUCGUUAGACAUUUUAUAUGAUCAUGGGUCUCAACUCAGAAUUCUAAAAAGGAGGAACUUUCCGGGUGAUCGCCACAGAAGCCCUUUUUCGCGAAACACCCAUUAUUAUUAUACUGUUGAAUCCUAGAAUGCAGAAAUGAAAACUAUCAAUUUAUCAAAGCAAGGUUAUUUCACACCAAUUUGAGGGUUUGGGAGAUAAUUUCAAGUAAGAGUCACGUACCA